CUCCGCCCCAAACCACCACGUUAAUCAAUCAUUAACUUAAUCAUCAAUCACGUCGAAUCAUGGGUUCGAUCGCCGACGACCUCCCGAUGCAGCUCGCCGCCACCAUGCUCGACGUCAGCAACAACGAGAAGUCGAAGCCGCCGGCGACGCAGCUGCGGCCUGUGUCGGACGGUUUCACCGUGACGGCGGUGAGGAACGAGCUGGUGGCGGCGGUGCUGCCGGUGCAGGAGCACUGGCUCCCGCUAUCCAACCUCGACCUCCUUCUGCCGCCGGUGGACGUCGGGGUGUUCUUCUGUUACCAUGCGCCGCCCGACGGCGGAGACGCCGCGGUGGCCGGGCUGAAGAAGGGGCUGGCGCAGGUGCUGGUGUCGUACUAUGCCUUCGCCGGGGAGGUGGUGAUGAGCUCCGGCGGAGAGCCGGAGCUGCUGUGCAACAACCGCGGGGUGGAGUUCUGCGUGGCUUACGCCGCCGACGUGGAGCUCCGGGAGCUGGACUUGUAUAACCCCGACGACUCCGUCGAAGGGAAGCUCGUUCCCGUUAAGAAGGACGGCGUUUUGGCCGUUCAGGUGACGGAACUGAGAUGCGGCGGGAUAGUGGUGGGCUGCUCCUUCGACCACCGCGUCGCCGACGCCUACUCCUUCAACAUGUUCCUAGUCUCGUGGGCCGAGUCGGCCCGCUCCAGGCCCAUCUCCACCCUCCCUUCCUUCCGCCGCUCCUUGCUCAACCCCCGCCGCCCGCUCUCCCACAACUCCGCCCUCGACGACAUGUACGUCCCCAUCGCCUCCCUCCCGCCGCCUCCCUCCACCGCCGCCCCCGCCCUCAUCAGCCGCAUCUACCACGUCAGCUCCGAUGAGCUCAUCAAACUCCAAACCCUCGCCAACACCUCCGCCCACAGUAACAACAACAACAACAACAAGAACCGGUUCUCGAAGCUCGAGUCCUUCUGCGCUCACCUCUGGCAGCUCGUGGCGAGAUCUACCCGCGCCCGCGGCGACAAAAACGACGUCGUAACGAAGAUGGGGAUCGUGGUGGACGGCAGGUCCAGGCUGGGCCCGGAGAUGGGCUCCUACUUCGGGAACGUGCUGUCGAUUCCGUACGGAGGGAAGAUGGCGAGCGAGCUGGUGGGGAGCUCGCUGGGCCAGGUGGCGGGCGGGGUCCACGAGUUUCUGGGCCGCGGGGCGAGCCGGGACCACUUCCUGGGCCUUGUCGACUGGGUGGAGGCCCACAGGCCGGAGCCGGCGAUAUCGAAGAUAUAUAGUACCGGGAGCGCGGACGGGCCGGCGUUCGUGGUGUCGUCGGGGCGCGGGCUGCCCGUGGGCCAGGUGGACUUCGGGUGGGGCCUGCCGGGUUUCGGGUCGUACCAUUUCCCGUGGGGCGGGACGGCCGGGUACGUGAUGCCGAUGCCGAGCCCGAAGGGGAAAGGGGAUUGGGUUGUUUACAUGCAUUUGUUCGAGCAGCAGUUGGCGUUGAUCGAGCGGGAGGCGGGUUCCGUUUUCAGGCCGUUCGCUUGGGACUACGUCGUUUAGUAAUCUAUACGAUGGUGGUGGUUUAUUAUUAUUAUUAUUAUUACUAGCGAUAAUUAGCGCUAAUUACGUCCCUUUGUGUUUAAGUGUGUGUUUAUGUAUGUAUUAAUACGUAUAAAAAUUAAUGUCGGCAGUGCAUAUACGUAUAUGAUAUGAGAGAGGGUUACUUAUCGAUCUACGUAUUACGUAUUGACUCGUCAUGAUAUUGUUUCAUAUGUCAUCUGCCAUUUUGGAUGCGUGAUUUAGAGAUAAUUUAAGUACCAUUGUUAUCGUAUAUAGAUGUCUAUUUCCCAAGCAAUUAUGGAAGUCGUCGGAACUCGAUAAGUAUAGGUCUCUCUAUCAAGUCUCCGUCAACAAAAGGUGUAAUUUAUAUUAUGUGUUCUAUAUAUGAAACUUUAACAGCGAUUCCAUAAUUAAAAAUAAAAUAAAAUAACUCAACGGCGAUCAAGUAUAACUAGGGGGUGGGCAACGGGAAACGGGUAUUUGGGUAUACCCGUACCCGUCCCGUUUUUUAAGGGUUACGGGUACCCAUAUUAUCCGUAAUAUUUUAAAUGGAUGGGACUUGGGAUUGUACAGUCCUAAUAUGGGUACCCGCGGGUUACCCGCGAAUACCCGUUUGGGUAAUAUGGGUACCCGUUGUACCCAUUCAAAUUACAAAGACAUAUAAUUCAGCCCAUGCGCCCAGGCCCAACCCAAUUCAAAAUCCAUUAAAAUUACAAAAUCCAUUAAAAUUACAAAAUCCUUCAUUCACCGCCACCGCCGCCAUUUUGUGUUUUGAAAUGAAUGCUUUGGAUGUAAUUGACUAAUUGUCUUUAGGUAAAAUGUCAUUUAAACUUUGGGUAUUUAUGGGUAGUAUGGGUACCCGUUAUCCGUCCCGUACGGAUAAUGGGUACCCGUUUCCCUUAUGGGUUUGGGAUAUGGGAUGGACUUUGGUCUCCAAAUGGGACUAGGUACCCGUUUAAAACGGGACGGGUAUCCCGUCCCGUCCCGUUGCCCACCAGUGAGUAUAACCAAAACAAAUAUUAGUGGUGUAAAUGUUAGGUGAUGGCAAUGGGACGGGGCUAGUAUGGACUUUCAUACCAUUUCUGCAUCAAGGAUGCGGGUCGGAGUGGGUCGACCCACUCUUACAUGCUGUUUGGAAAAAGUACACGUAAAAUUUACUUUUUUUUAUCAUAGAACAAAAGCAAAACACUUUAUGAAUGAAAAAAUAGUGAUGAUAGAUGGGUCUAACUAGUUGAAAAAAAGUUGAAUUGAAGAAAUAUGAGUUGAUAUUGUAAGAAAUUAAAAUAGAAUAGGUCAAGAACGGGACUAGACGGAUCAGAAGUAAAUACUGAUCAUACCCCGUCGCACGCUACUGCAGAUCGGGUAAUACCCGAUUGGUCGUAUUCAAAUUGCUUUCACUAAUAAAUGUCUAUGAUUAAGGAAAGUACCAAUCAGGGAUAGCAAGUGACCUUUUUUUUAUAUUCCUAAAGCUAUAGAUAUAUAUACCUUUCUCAUCUAUAUGUGAAGAUUUUCCAUCCUCAUCCCUAUAAUUUUCAAACAAAUAUGAUUAUAUAAUUUGUGUCCACGCAUCUUACAUGCAUUUAUUGCAAUUAAGUUGAAAAUACGUCAAAGUUUAGUGGAAAUGGAAAAUUUAUUGCAAAAAAGUUUUGGUAUAUUUCUUACAUGCAUUUAUUGCAAAAAAAGUUAUAAAAUGUGAAAUGGAUAUUUCUCAUACCGGUCGUUCUUGGUAUAAUUGUCAUUCCUGUCACAACUCUCUGUUAUGUAGAACUAAUCCGCGCUUACCCCUAAUGGGAGGUGAAGUUAUGGGUACUAUUACUAAUAAACUUAAUUUUCACAU